AUGUCCCCCAACAAAAUCUGAAGAAAGCAUCGACCAAAAAGCUUCCCUAAAUCCAUCACCUUCCGCUUCCAUCAUCAAACAAACCAGUAAACCAUCCAUUUCUUCCACCAGCAGCCUAAAGUCCCCACCGAUCCGGCCGACAAUGUCGCUGAUCCGCCGUAGCAACGUGUUCGACCCCUUCUCCCUCGACCUCUUCGACCCCUUUGACGGCUUCCCCUUCGGCUCCGGUAGCAGCAGCGGCGGCAGCCUCGUCCCGCGCACCUCCUCUGACACGGCGGCCUUCGCCGGCGCACGCAUCGACUGGAAGGAGACCCCUGAGGCGCACGUGUUCAAGGCGGACGUGCCGGGGCUGAAGAAGGAGGAGGUGAAGGUGGAAGUGGAGGACGGCAACGUUCUGCAGAUCAGCGGCGAGAGGAACAAGGAGCAGGAGGAGAAGACGGACACCUGGCACCGUGUGGAGCGCAGCAGCGGCAAGUUCCUCCGUAGGUUCAGGCUGCCGGAGAAUGCCAAGGCGGAGCAGGUGAAGGCGUCCAUGGAGAAUGGCGUGCUCACCGUCACUGUGCCCAAGGAGGAGGUCAAGAAGCCCGAGGUCAAGUCCAUUCAAAUCUCCGGUUAAACAGUUGGGUGACUCCUGCGCAAUGAGGUGGACUGCGGAACAGUGGCGUGGAGUUCCCUCAGUCAUCGUGAUCCGAAAUAAAAACGAGUCCUUGUUAUGUUUGGCUGAGUGCAUGAGUUAGGUGUGUCUAUUGUAGUGUGCAAAUCGUCCGAUGUCUGAGUCAGUGUUCAGAGUCUCGUGUACCUGUGUUUUGAGUUCAGUUCUAUGUUUUGUUCAUCAGGGUCCGUACUCAAUCGGAACUGAGUAGCUCUUUUUUUAUCUUACUAGCAAAAGUACUCGUGCUUUGCAUCUGGGAAAAGAAAUAUUCUAACUCUCAUGUAAA